CUUCCGCAUCAGAGAAUCUUCAGUGUCAAAUGAUCAGACAUCAAAUGGCUUCACUGAGAGUUUUCCUCAUUUUGUUGCUUCGGUUUGAAGGCAUCAGAGGAGACAACUCUUACUAUCUCUAUCAGAGACCUGGAGAUGAUGUCUUGCUACCCUGUCUUCAGGCGUCAUUAUCUGAUACCGGAUGUUCAGGUAUUAACUGGCUUUACCACAAAGAUGGACGAACAUUUCUUGAUGUUCGUAAUGGAGAAGUUGAGAAGAGCUCACCCCGAGCUGCCAGACUGACUCUGCACACUAACUGCUCUCUGAUCAUCAAUAACAUCACAGCUGAGGACGCUGGUCGGUACAUCUUUCUAAAUACGAAGGAUCUCACCAGGAACACACAGGUGUUUCUAAACAUUUUGACAAUUUCACCGUCAUCUACAGACACAGAUCCAAAUAAAGAUGGAGAAGUGACAUUAAGUUGCUCCCUGUUUAAAUUAGACGGACAGUGUGAACCCAGGAGUCUCCACUGGGUGAAUGAGACGGGAGCUGAGCUGGUUGGUGAAGGAGAUGGUUUCAAGUAUGAAGGACAGAAAAACUGUGUUUCUUUUCUGACUGUGAAGAAUCAGACUGAACACAGCAGAAGAUACACCUGCCAGUAUGUUGACAGAACAGGUGUGAAGAUCGAGGCUCACUACUCAACUGUGUCCUCAGUGUCACCAACAGAUUCCACCGACUGGUCUCCUCUGAGAUACACCAUGUGGGCUCUGCGCAUCUCAUUAUUGAUCCUCAUGAUGGUCAUCACGGCUCUGAUCAUCAGAGGCAGAGGAAGCAGCAGGCAGCUCAGAAACAACAGAGUUCGUUACAUCGAGACUGAUGAUGGUGGAGCAGUGAACUAUGAAAAUGUAGAACAGCGUCUGUCUCCUUCCACGCUGCUCUGAUCUCCAGCAACAACAACUCUCCAUGCUAACAUGAACUGUUUUGAUUCCUCACUGAAAAAUUGAACAUGCUGAUAGAUGUUAGGAUUAAUGUCUCUUUCAUGCAGAUGAGGUCAACAGGUUGUCGGUUUCAGAUCCAAAGAAGAUUAAAUAUGUUUACUUUCAAUCCCUGAGGUUUGAGACUACAGAGCCAGAAACUUAAGGCUCAAAAUGGACUCUGACAGGUUCAAAUCGAAAACUACAGUAGUUACUCUUCUCAAAUCUGGACUAGGUUAUUCUAAAGAUGUUAAACUUUCAUCAAAACACUGUUUAUGAUUUGUGACACCUUCUUUGGAUUUGUUAUGUAAACGAGAGCAUAGUUGACUGUAUUUUUCACAGCCAGACUGCUUCGGACCAGGUCCAGGUCAAAAACUGCUGAACCUGCAGUUCUCAAAUCUGGACUAUGUUAUUUUACAGAUGAUAAACAUUCAUAAAACCACUGAUUUUGAUUUGUGAAUCCUUUAUUUUAUCUGUGGAAAGGAAAAAAGUGCAUAGUUGACUGUAUUUUUUAAAUGUUGACCGCUUUCGGCCAGAUUCCGAUGGAGAACCGCUGGACAUGCACUUCUCAAGUCUGAUGACUGAAGUCUCAUUCAAGAGUAAUGUAUCGUUCGAAAGCCUGUGAGAUUUACAAUGUCAACAAACUUUAUUUGAAUUCCCAAGACUGACGACAAAAGACAGUGCAUGAACCUACUAUGUUGAGGUAUUGGAUCAUGGAUAUAUAUAUACUGUCGGGUUUUGUUCCAGAUGUUGCUGAUGUUGAUGGCGUGUUACUUUUUGCAUAUGUAUUUUAAUUUUGUUAUAAAACAAAGUCUUUGAUGUCACAGUGUGCUUGGAGUGUUCAGUUAGUGGCAUUUAGGGCUUUUUAUUUGAGAAACAAUGGAAAAACAACUGUUUCUUGCUGGUGGUUCAUGUUGGAGCUGACUUGAUCACUUUAGUGCCCUUCAUUGCGUGUAUUUCUUUCAGUUUUAAAAUGUUAUCUUUUUAUUUGUUUUAAAUGUCUUUUUUUUUUAAAUAUAAAGGUGAAUAGUAUGAAUUAUUCUUAGAACUGAUGUUUUUUUGACUCAUAUUUCUAGAACGUGUGCUCAUCCAUACAUUUUGUGAGGUGGUUUUUCAGGCUUCUGACCAUAACCACCAGCCUGGUUGGUUAUUUUUUCAAUUCUCUGGAAUGUAUGUACAUUUUGCUUCCAGUUUCAG